AUACAAGUUUGUGGUUGUGAAAGUAUUUUUUUUAUUAAUUUAAACAAUGGACUCGUCGGAUUCCGAAGACGAUUGUUACGGGAACAUAGCACAGAAAUUGCAGCGAAUGAAAAAUAAUUACAAGGAGGAUACGAUAGAAACAACAAACUUAUUGAACGAAUCGACGACAGAGCUUGACGAAAUUGUGAAGAGUGCUGAGUUACUUGCUAAAAAGAGGGCCGAAGCCAGUUUGCAGGAAAAGAAGAAUGAGGAGGCAAGCAAAAAAGAACAGCAAGAUGCGGAUUUACUCGAUACUUUGCUAGCAACUUCGUCGAAAAGAAUGACGCGAUCCGCCGCGAAAAGGGCUAGUUCUGACACCAAUUCGAGUGAAGGUACCGCUCCUAAAAGGGCAAACAGAAGAAAAAGAGGCGGGAAAGCGUCCCAAAGCGACACCAACACUGAUACAACCCCGGAUACCGUGCAAAAUGUAGUUGAAACGCCAAAUGUACAAAAUACCACACAGCCUGUUCAAAAUGUACCUCAAACUCAACAAAAUACUCCUAGAACUAGAGGGAGAGGUAGAGGUAGAGGUCGAGGUGGUAGGAGUAGAGGUAGAAACUCUAGAGGUAUACAUGUACCUAACUUUUGGGGAAUCCCUACAUACAGCGUUGGAAACACAGAUGAGUACCCAGACCAGUCAGAUAGCCAACAACUAUUUAGUUCAAAGCCGAAAUCCGACGACGUAGUGCUAGUUGAAGACUCAGAAGUAUUAGACGAAAACGAAGAGCUAUCCGUUAAAGUGUACUGGCAGAGUUCCGAGUUCUUUAAGUUCAUGAUCAGACGCUUCCAAAAAUUAACACAAAUCUUUGAUUAUUUCUCACAAAAAGAAAAUGUCAGUCAUGAUAAGUUGUUGUUUACGUUCAACGAUCGGAUACUCAAGCCCGAUGACACACCAGACACAAUAAACUAUAGCAUCGUAAAAUUUAUUGACGGGGGUAUUGUUAAUCAGAGUGUAUCAAAGUUAGUCAAAGACGAUAACAAUAAGAAAGACCAGAACGGAAUCAAAUUGAAGUUCCAAUGUCAAAAUGUCAAGAAACCGUUUGAGACGUGGAUCGGUAUCGACGAUAAAGUAGGAAUAGCAAUGAUGAAAUGUGCUGAGCACUUCGAAAUUUCGAUAGAUAAACUGCGCUUCUAUUUUGAUGGAGAUUUAAUAUCAGGUAGACUCACAGCACAGGAGCUGGAGUUGGAAGGCGGCGAAUGUAUAGAUGUACAAAUAAUUACUUUGGGACAGGAGCGGGAAGGCGGUGAAUGUAUAGAUGUACAAAUAAUUAGUUGAUGUUUAAUUAAUAUGUAUUCUAUUAUGUAAUUAAAUAAUUAAAAUUUGUAACUUCUAAUGAAGAGAUUAUUUUUUA